UUUCAACAUGGCGUCAGAGGAAGAGACCGUGUACUGUUUAUGUCGAAAACCUUACGAUGAAAACGAGUUCAUGAUUGAAUGUGAUGUCUGCAAGGACUGGUUUCACGGAAGUUGUGUCGGCGUACAAGAGUACCAAGCAUCUGACAUCGAGAUUUACCAUUGUCCAAACUGUGUACUGACACAGGGACCUCUAGUGUUGAAGAAGAGAAGGAACUGGCACAGGCAUGAUUACUCUGAGCAGGAGGACACCUGUAAGGCAGUGCAGACUGGUACAGUUGUAUUUAUAAAAGAAUUAAAAAACAGAACUUUCCCAAGUGCUGACGAGAUUCCUAUAGCACGGCUCCAUGGGAGUGAGUUAAAUAUAGAAUACUUUAAGAAGCACGGAUUUAAUGUCCCAAUCGUCGUGGAGAAGAAAGACGGUCUAGGACUGGUUGUUCCCCCUUCGCAGUUUUCCAUACAGGAUGUCGAAAAUAAUGUCGGCUCGAUGAGAGAGAUAGACGUUAUAGAUGUAUCUAAGCAAGAGGAUUAUAAAAUGUUGAUGAGGGAGUGGACCGAGUAUUAUAACAGUCCAAACAGACACAAAGUAUUCAACGUUAUAAGGCUGAAGUUCUCUAACACGAAGAUGUCAGAGCUGGUCUCCCCUCCCUCCAUUGUCCGUGACCUGAGUUGGGUCAGUAAUUAUUUCCCUGAGCAGCUCCCCGAGGACUGUACGUACACACGACCCGAGGUCCAGAAGUACUGUCUGAUGGGGGUCCGGGACAGUUUCACAGACUUCCACAUCGACUUCGGGGGCACCUCGGUCUGGUAUCACAUCCUCAGGGGUGAGAAGAUUUUCUACCUGGUGCGGCCCACACAAGCCAAUCUCUCUUUGUACGAGUCUUGGGUGUCGUCCUCCAAUCAGAGUGAGACGUUUUUCGGAGACCAGGUUGACGUAUGUUAUAAAUGCGUCAUUAAGCAGGGGCAGACCCUCUUUAUCCCCACGGGGUGGAUCCACGCCGUCUUCACGCCGAUCGACUCUCUCGUGUUUGGCGGGAAUUUCCUCCAUGACUUCAACAUUUCACUACAGCUGCAGGUAUAUGACAUAGAGAGAAGAAUCAAGACCCCAUCUAAGUAUUUAUUUCCGAGUUUUGAGACGACGCAUUGGUACGCUGCUAAACAUGUGCUGGAUGUCAUCAAGGAUUACCUCGAGGAUGGCAGGCGUCCCCCGGAAUAUCUACUGACUGGCGCCAAAUCUCUGGCCAUGCACCUUAAGUCUUGGACACAGCGGAAAGAUUUAAACAACUCCUUUCUCUUCCUUAAGGAUGCCAAGCACGAUGUUCCUGAGCACCUGAAUUACGGGCGUCUUCUGAAGGACCUACAGAAGGAAAUCCGGGCCUUCGACACCUCGCCUAAAGUAAGUCCAGUGAAACUGAGGACGAAAGGAGACAGGUUAAAGGUGGAGAAAGUCCGCGGCGAGAAAAAAAAGAAAAAGAAGAACCUCCCAACAAAGAAACAGAUGAUGAACAUUGAUCUUCUGCAUCAACACACGACAGAAGCUCUACAGGCCAUGGAUGAGGAGCGCAAGUCAUACUCAAAUACAGAUGAGGACUCUAACUCAGCUUCAUUAAAAGUCAGAAUUCCGAAGGCAGGGGCAUAUUUAGAUUCUGUGACAAAGAAGGAGAAAUUCCUGAAGUUAGAUCCAGAUAUCAAACAAGAGAAAGAAGAUCUAGGAAUAGGGCUCAAACUGAAAGUGUCAAAGGGCAAGAUUAUCAGUGAUGCUAAAGGAAGAUCAGGUCACUCGAGUCAGAGCGGGGAAAAUGAGGAAAAUGACAGCGACACAGACAACCUGGUGGUCGACGAAAACCCACGAAAAAAUAAACGACCAAUGGGAUCUCCCUCCUCAGCAUCUACCAUGAAACCAGGCUCGCUCAAACUCAAGUUGUCUUUUGCUGGUAAGACCCUGCCCCAUGACAGCAUGUUGGGACACGAGAGUACUACACAGGAGUCAGAGACAGGAACCAGUCAAAGUGAACCAGAGGAAUCCCCGGGAAUCCCCCGCGCUAACCUCCCCACAAUUCAGGGAGGACUUAACUGCAGCAUCUCCGACAUUCUAGAGGCCAGUGGUUACGGAACAGAGACCGAUUUUAUUGUGGAUAAUGAGAGGACCUCCUCGCCCAGUAUGAGAGAUGCUAUACAGGGCAUGCUGUCCAUGAGUCGGAUGGGUGAUGGACAGCAACUGUUCCGUGACAAACGUUCCACCGCAGCUCAGCGACUUCAGAACAGGAACCAGAUGAUAAUGGAAGAAGAGGCCAAACUAGAGCAAUGUUAUAAAGAUGAGGAGUUCAUUUAUCCGGGCCUGGAUUUGUCGGAUGAUGAAAUGGAGCAGGUACGGGACUCCAAAGGAUCUCGAGAUGACAACUGGAAUCCUAAAGCUCGAGUCCAUGUGUCUGCCGUGAAGGGAGAGAGGCCCCACAGGGAGGGGGUGAAAAAAGAGGCAGUGGAGCAAGUUCUGGCAGCUGCCGCAGCCAAACCAGCACCACCGAAACCAAAGAAGCCUCGAAAACGAUUAAAAUCUGAGAGUUUCUCAGAAAGUGACGCCAGUAAUACACCAGGAACUGCCUUAUCUUCCUCUGCUCCAGGCUCAGCAUUCCGUCCAAACCUAGUCAAACCAGUCACAACUCAGGGAGAACCCACAAGUCCUGUCAAAGGUGUGUACUGUAAGAAAAUAAAACAACAGACACUCAUAUCAUUCUAGUUAUAAUCCAAAAAGCCAAAGAAAGGAUUGGCUACAGCAAAGCAGAGACUUGGGAAAAUUCUGAAAAUUAAUAAGCUUGGCAUGUUCUGAUGUGUUAAAGUUCUGACUAAAACAACCUUUCAAACCUCAAUUAAGAGUUGUUCUCUACAUUGUUAUGGUCACCAAGUAUGCAUCGUAUUUAUUUUUUGUUAUUAUUAGGACUUCCUUUUGUUGUGUCAUUAUAUUUUGAAAAAUUUGAAUCUUAGAAUUAGCCAAUUUGGAUUUCUGGACUUCCUGCUCUAAAACCAUUUGAAUUCUGUUUAAACUUUUUACAGCAUUUUUGUUACGUGUCACAUUUGCAUGUUCAAUUACUGAAGAUGUACUUUUUUACAUGGUGUCAUAAUUCCGCGGAAUGUCUAUUUUUGUUUAAUCCGCGGGUAGAAAAUUAGGAAGAUUUUCUUAAAUCAUACUCCAUGCCUUAAAUGUAUAUCAAGUACAAUCAGACAAAUUUCCCAGAAAAAUUUUUGACCAUGUACAUAGUGUAAAUUAAUACUACACAGAAAAAAGUACUUCUGCAGUAACUGAUUCCUUAAGGUAGCAUAAUUAUUUCUGAAUCAGAAAAGAAAAUAGACAUUGAACUUACACAUUCACGUGAGCAUUGUUGAAGGGAAAGAGAAGUGUUGGGGACUUGAAUUAACACUGUUGUUAUUUUUUCUGCUGUGCAGAUUUUAGUCUAGCAAUAAACAGAUCUCAGGAUGAUUCCUACACCUAGCUUAAGUUGUGUGCUGAUAUCAUGUAACUGUACUGUUCUAUUCCUAAACAUUGACUAUACCAGCAUUUACUGUAACUAGAGCUUCAUUCUGUUUGCUUGAACCAUGAAGUGUUUGUUUCUUAUGUACUUCCAUGAAGUAAUUGUUGUACUGCACUUAAGAAUCAUAUGUUUAGACUUUAUUUCAACUAGAUUAUGUAGAAAAAUAAACAGCAAUUUAUAAGCAUUUUGGAGCAUUGAUUGCUGGGUAAUUAAUGCUUUGGAGCAUGGAUUUCUUGCAUAGUUAAUGCUUUGGAGCGUGGAUUCCUUGGGUAUUUCAUGCUUUGGAGUUUGGAUUACUUGCAUAGUCAAUGCUUUGGAGCAAUGAUUGCUGGGUAAUUAAUGCUUUGGAGCAUGGAUUCCUUGCGUAGUUAAUGCUUUGGAGCACUAAGUCAGACAGUUAAGCUAAUUUUCAUUGUCAAUCUAUUGUUCCUGUAUGCUCUGCAUUAUUGAAGUGUGAUGUUGCACGGGUAUUUUUAUUUGCAGCAUUAUUUGUUCAAUAUUCAAUCAAUGCAUUGUAGUAAUGUAACAAGAUUGUGUAUUAAUAUACAUGUAAAUGUUUAAUAAGAAAAAAGCUUUUGUUAGGCAAAGCAUUAUUUCUUAUAUUAUAUUUUUCAGAAACCAAGCAUAAAUUAUAUUAUAAUAAAUCUAUGUGUAACAAGAAAGCAUUAGAUACUGGAAGAUACUGAUUUCAGGGUAGUUGUUUAAAAAUAAAUUCAGGAUGUUAAGUCUUUUAACCGAGGCUACAAUUGUUAGAUUUGAUGUCAUUACUAAAUAUCUUAGUACGUAGAAGAUGAGUGAUAACCGAUUUAUGGUGAAGGUCUUACAUUGUGUUAUAAAAACUCUUUUAGAUGCUGUGAAGCUCCUAGUUAGAGGAGGGGGUUAAACUUAAUAUUUUAAAAAAAAUGUUUUUACAUGUCCAUUCAGCCCCAGAACUAAGAUAUAGUGAGGUAGGAAUCAUUCCUGCUCUAAAACCGUUAUGUAGGAAUUAGUUUCGAUUGCCUUCCCUUUUCAUUUUGAAACUCCUGUAAAUCUUUAUUGAAUACAAAGUUUUGCAAUGACCAGUGGGGAGAGUUAUGAUGACAUGUCAAGGUCACUGGAGAUAAGGUCAGGGUUCAAGGACUCCGAAGGAGAAAUGUCAGAGGUCACGCAUGAGAAGGUAUGUCUUGUCCCUCAAGUUAUUAGAACUUAGGUUGGAAAUGACUGUGACACUGUUAUCAUAUUACAUUAAUUUGGUUGUGUAUUCUUCUUAGCACCUUUCAUUGAGAGAAAUUUCCAUUGAUUCUAGUCCAACGUUAAAUGUCUGGCACAUAUACCCUGGUAUACAUAAAUAAGAACAUUAAUAAAUGCCCUGAAUGAAAUCUAACUAUUAGUAACUUUUACAAUUAAAUCAAUUUCCACCAAAUAUUGUACAGUCAUGCUAAAUAAAAUACAGUGUAGUCACAACCUUCAGCCAAGGUCAAUUACAAGGGCUCUGAGAAUGUAUCUCCUGGUUAUAGCUUUGUUAUGAACUCGAACAUACCAAUAGAGAAUAAAGGGUGUUUGUAGAGAAUUAUUUGAUGGUAAGAGGGAGAGAUGAGGGUGUUUCAAGAUGAAAAAUCUGUUAAACUUUUUAUGAAUCCAACUGAAAUACAUGUGUAUGUAGUGGUUUGGACGUUUUUGUUUUAUCUUGGUAAUUUUAAAGGUUUAACAAAUUAUGUGUAUUCUUUUUUGAUUUUGGAGAAAUCAAGUUAAAGUGGGUAUAUGAAUUUGAUUCUGUCAAGCACAAGUAAAACUGCUGAUCCAAGAUUUUGUAUACAUUGGCUUUACAUGUACUUGUUAAAUUAAAGAAUAUUUUAAAUUCAGCUAAGACACAAGCCUGUGAGAUAUAUUCAACAUCACAAUAUUAUGAUUUUGACUGAGUACUACUAAACUUCUGUGUAAAAUAUUUUGACAGUUAGUACAUUUGAAUGAAGGUAAAACCAAGUGCCUUUGUUUGAAGCUUGAACUGAGGUAUGGUACAGUAUUUAUUUGUAGAAGUCGAGUUACAUGUUGCUAACUUAUUUGUUAUGUAAAAUUUUUAAAAUGAAUUAUGUAAUUUUAGUUACUUCUAUUUAUUAUUCACUGAUAUUAUCAUUUUUUGUCUGUACAGUCAGUUUGUAUGUAUAAACAAAUAUACUGGUUUUAUUUUAGAGAUAUCUAAAUAUUUUAGAGUUUUUCAUUGUGUUUCUUAUGUUCUUUAUAAUAUUGUUUUACUUUCACUUUUUGGUGUUCUAAAUCCUUUAACAUGUUUAAAUGGUUUACAUUUUAAAUUUCUUGAAAAUUAGAAUCUAUUUCUGAUAAAGAAUAAUUCUCUUUUGAGAAUUUCAUUGUAAUUGAAUUAAUUUAGUAAAUUCAAAACGAAGUCUAGUAAAUUUACGGUACAUGUAGUACCAAAUUGGUAGUAAAAUUGAUUUUUUUGUUGUUGACAUUUUAGAUUUAAACCCCUCAGAAUAUUCAGAUAUCAUACCAUUGUUCUCUGUUCCCCUGAUGCUUGGGUGUCAAACUGCAAUAUUUUAUAUCAAGCAUUUGUUGAUCUUUGUGUUUCGUAUGGAUUCCUUAGUACAUGUACACAUCAUGGAAUGGUAGAGGUAUGGAAACUGGCAACUUCUUGGAAAUUUGAUUGAGGCCAAUUCUUUUUAUAAGCAGAUUUUUGCAUUUAGUUGUUGUAAAGAAAAAAAACUUUCAGAUGUCACAGUAUCAGGAAAGUAGUUGUAUGUUUGUUUUCUAAGCUUAUGGGGGGGGGGGCUUGGGGGGCAUUUUUGUUACAUAUGUAUUUAUUAUUAUUUUUUUUUAAUUAUAGUCAGUUUCUUACUGAACAUGAUUUUCAUGCUGAAGGAUUUUGAUUAUUAUAAGAUUUUUGUUUUGUUUUCUAUUUCUCUUAGAUUGCAAACAGUGUAAAUUAAAUCUUUUUAAGAUGCUAAAGGGGAUGGACUUUGUGUUUAAAUUUCCUUCUUCUUUCUGACCCUUUUUCAUCAUUGUAAAGUUUGCUCAAUUUCUAGAAUUGUUUUUGCAAUAAUUAUGAUAAAAACUUUGAUUGUUUGAUGAUGCAAAAAUUAUAUUUAGUUAAACUCAGUUUGUUCAAGAUAUGUCACUUAAAAAUAGAAUUUAAAGUAGACUAUAACUUGACAGAUUAUAAUAACAGUCUAAGACCAUUUGUUGAUCUAUGAAAGUAGACAAUAACUUGACAGAGUAUGUUAACAGCUUUAGACCAUUUGUUGAUCUAUGAAAAGUAACCUCCACAAGGCAGCAUUUGACAAAAUUUUGUACAUAAGAUGUAAAUAAACCUGAGAUAAAUCA